AUGAUUCCACAAACUCCUUCUUUGAUCGUCCCUCCAGAUAGCUCUGCCCAACAACUGCUGCGGCUAGGGAAACCCUUUGUCGAGUUUCCUCGCUUCAGCAUCCUCGCGCUCCAGGAAGAGAAAGACCAGGACGGCAACCCUCUUCCUUUCUCCGAGUGGCUUACCAAACGUCUCCAGCUGGGGCAGCCUUUCGUUAUAGCUGAAUUUGACAAACUCGACACCUGGCCGGCCUCCGGUCCUCACAAUGGACAUCAGCCCGGUUUCGGCAUCGAGAGGCUGAUCGAACUGAGCACCAAGAAGAACAUUCCCAUCCGAAAUUGCAGCACCGGUCGGGAUCUGUCUUUCACCCUCAAGAAAUUUGCCGACAGUGCCAGGCAGUCCUUUCCCGAGUUCCAGAACCUUUAUGCCAGAGACUUGCAAUGUCCGCAAGAGUGGCUGGAACAAUGUCGCAGGAUCUUGCCCACCGAAGUGCAGUGGGGUGGGCGAUUGGAUCUUUUCCAGUGGCUACCACAGUGUGCGAGGAGUGAAGUCAUGAUGGCCUACGUCGGCAGCGAAGGGAGCAGUUCAGGCUUCCAUCGAUGCUUUUCGAGCACGGUCGCAUUGAACCUGCUCGUCGAGUCGGAUGAUCGCCCUGUGGUAUGCAUUGGUACGGACUUCGACUCGCAGAAGAAAUAUGACGCCUUCAUGUCGGCCCGUGGGGCUUCACCUCAUUUAGACUGGCUGAACCUGGGAUCAGAGGAGCUCCUGAAAGCUGACUUCCCCCUCUAUGCCUACGAUCAACGGGUUGGUGAUCUCGUUGUCUUCCCUCCUGCCACAGCCCACCAGGUCUGGAAUCCGGCCACACUUUCGGCCAAGCUUGUCUGGAACAUCCUUCAUCCCCUGUCCCUCGAAGUGGGAUUUGACUAUGUGCAGGCCCCUUUCAACCGCCUCUGUCAUCCUGACGUCGCUCGAACCAGCCUCUCAUUGGCGUGUGCCAUGCUAUCGCUGCUCCAAGACAACCAGACAAUGAGGAGCUCCCCACUCCCGUUGCCUCCAGAUCUACCUCUCCUGUCACGCUUGUUUCGUCAAAUGGUCCAUGACGAAUCCAUUGAAUCCCACCCUAUCACUCCGAUCGCUUUAGUGCCUAUACAGCAAGGGACAAUUGCGACAUGCAACUUUUGCAGUACAGCCAUCUGGAACCGCCACGUGCGAUGCACCCAAUGCGCCGAUUUCGAUCUCUGCCUGCUUUGUUAUCUCAAUGGUCGUUCCUGCGAGCACUCCCAAUCCUAUGCAUGGGCAGAACUAGUGCCGGCGGAGCAAUGCACCAGAGUUCUCAAUCGAGCUCGAGAGAUUCUAGGGUUCCAGCCAGAGGAACCGCGGACACUAGACAAGCGCAAGACUCUGGGAACCGCGGUCAAUGAUUUGAUGCGUGCCAAAACAUCGACAACGAGCAGACUAUGCCACCUCUGCCGCAUCGACCACCAAGAAUGGAAAGGGCGGCGUUGUGACAAGUGCACCGCCUUCUUCUGUUAUCGAGGCUUGUUCCGGCACUUUGAUGAGUAUCCCUCGGAAGUGUUGCGGCACAAGGGACUGUGGACUUGUCCCAAGUGUACCGAGACUUGCAACUGUCGGUGUUGUCAUUUCGCAACGGCAUACAUUAAAAGCGAGAAACCUGCCAGCAAAAGAAGAGUGAAAGCUUCUGAUCCUCGUGGCAAGGUGAUGGGGUUUGCAGACAAUGUAUUUGAUCAAAAGCGUGGUGGUCGACGAGAUUCCAGCCACAACAGCUCUGGCAGUGGACCGUUGCCCGGUGUGGCACAGAUUACGGGCAAGAAGCGGGCCAUCUCUUCCUCGGCAGAUCCUGGCCCUGCAACCCCGCUGAGGAAGAUGGAGUUGCCAACACCCGAACCCGAUUUUUCAGGGACCAGGCUGGCGCUGUCAAGGGAAGGCUCAGAGUUCUUGAUGGAUGUGCCUUUUGCAGGCGUCAACGGGACGCUGCCCACACCGUUGCCGAGUAUGAAGACAUUCCCUGAUGGCCCCGACUUCAUGGUCAGUCCUACCGAUGAGAGACAUUCGCGAGUGAGUAGCUCGCCCGGAAUUGUGUCCCUGGCCUCGGCGGCAAUCGGCUCGAGUCGCAUACCAUCCAACAUCCAGAAUAAUACCCUUCCACCCAUGCUUGGGCAUACCCCGUCAGCUACCAACGGCUUGUACCUCCCGCCGCACAACUCCAACGGCAGUUUCAGCACUCCAUCAUCUAGUGCCGCGACGUCAUCUCCUACGAAACUUACCGCGUGUGCAACGGAGUCUAAAGUUCCCACCGCCGCACUGGACGCUUCAAUCACCGAUCUCGAAACGCAACUGGUCAAACUCAAAAGGUACGAGGAAGAGUUCAUUGCUCUGAACCUGGACGACAGCCGAAAGAUGCUGGCAAGCCAGGUGGCCGAGUUGGAGAGCCAGAUCAAGGCAAAGAAGCGGGAGAAGAGUCUCAUUCUUAUCGAGAGGUUGAAGAGAGAAGGAUUCGGUGGGCUGGCGGCCGUGGUAGGCAAAGAGGUCGGGCUGGGCACCGAUGCAUAG